UACUCCUAUAACGUUAAUUGACGUCGUCAAUUCAGCAAGAAAAAUAAAUAAUCGCUUUUUUCGGAAGCGGAUACAGCUGCAAACGACACAGAGAUGUCGCCAGUUGACCAUCAGGGACAUACCUGGUUUGUUUACAAGGAAGACUCGAUUGUCACAGGCUACCACCAAACGUGAACAGGGUCUCAAGUACACACAACAAAAGAUGAGUACCUCUACUUAACAAUUCAUCUUUCACUGUUAUAAUUAUAUAAAGAAUAGAGAAACUUUACAAUGACUGAAGCUGCUUAUCUUAUUUAUAAUGGAAAUGUACACUUUUGAAUAGGAACCACGUGAUUUCCUGUGCAUAGAUGGGUAGAGUUUAUGGUUUAUAAAGGAAAAUAAGAAUAAAAUUAAAGUCAUUUUAUAUGUGUGUGUCUUUGUAACGUGUAGGUAAAGGGAUUUUAAACGAUGUUGCUCAAGAUCAUACUUCAAGUUGCAGUAGUCAUCAUAUCUGUUGGUGCACGGUCGGAAGUUACAGCAGGUACGAAUUCAAUCACCAGCAUUAGAUCACCUAUGGUCAAGUGUUCCGCUCUUUCAUGUGAGGUGUCAGCCACUGUUCAGUCCCAAUAUGAUGUAAAAGAUCAAUGGGCAAUAUUCAAAAACAAUACUGCAAUGAGAAUUACAGACUGGAACACAGACAAAGAGAAAUAUACAGGUGCAAAAAGCAUUAGUCCCAAAAAUUGUAAAUUAUGGUGUAAUUAUACUGUGGUACUGAGCAUCCAGAGUCCUGACGAGUCCAAAGACUAUGGAUUCUACCAACUCAUUCUACGAUCAUACGAUUCUCAAAGAAACCUGCACGAUCAGCUCGUAAUAAAUUUCACCGUACCGAUGACGUUUACAGCUUACGAACCGACACCAAAAACUACACCCUUUGAAGACAUUGAAAGGAAUGACCAAGAACUGCCAUUUACAACAGUCUUAAUCAUAGCUGUGGCGGGAACUUUUGUGACCAUAUUUAUAUGUCUAACUGUGUGCAUAUUGAUGUUCUGUAGAAAAAAGAAUCCAAAAAAUAAAAAGCCGCAUAAACGGAGAAACAGACCUCACAGUUCAUUGGGUGUAUCUACACAUCUCUAUGAUGAAGUGGAGUCCGUAGCGACUAAUGCGUAUUGUGAAUUAAAUGACGAAAGCCGUAAAACGUCUGCUCAUCAGUACAUUCAACCUAUUCCUGAAGAAACUCCAAUAUACAAGGCCCCCGAGAUUUUUUCGAACACUGAAUCGCCCACCUCUGGACGAGCUCACACACAAGACACACAAGACAGCGCCAAAGAUGCUAUGGGGUAUUUACAACCAUCCAUAAAGUUUAGACCAGAUAUGAUGGUGAUAAAUGAAUUAUACGAAGAAGCAAAUAAACCAAAAGACAAAAAACCUCUGGAACCAACCUAUAGUAAUGCAGGAAAAUUUCCAGUGUUGCCAAGAAAAGAUUCAAAGACAUUAGUGGAAGACCUUCAAUCUGUUUUAGAAAAAGCUGAUAAUGACAACAAAUAUGCCAAACCCUGUCGUCCUUUAAAAACAAAUAUUACGAAUCAACUAUACACAGAAGUAAACAAAUCGGAAACAAAAUCCUCUAAAGAGCCAACAUAUGGAAAUGAACAGAAAACACCACUAUUACCAAAGAAAGUCUCUAAAACAGUGAUGAUGGACAGGGACCCUAGUGUAAAAGAAUCCAUGCUUUUGAAAUCUGACACGCCAGUUGUUCCUCCAAAACCUUUCACCAGGAAUAUAACAAACCAACUGUAUGAUGAUAGAGAAAAUAUGUACUCACAGAAAAAGCCGCUGACAGUCACAUAUAGUAAUCCUCCAGCCAUAAAACUGCCAACUAGAAAGUUUUCAAGAUCACGAUCAGACGAUUCAGAGUUAUCGCACGUUCAUUCGUAUAAAAGAGACAGCUAACGCAGACCAGAACAUAGAUACAUACCAUGUAUGUAGGGGCGUAUUAUAAGUGUUCAAUUGUUGUUAUUAAAAUGUAUCAAUUUUGUAAUGUCAAUGUUUAAGCAAUGUUAUGCAAGAUAAUAAAAUCAAUAUUUGAAAAAUAAUCGACUUGAAUUUAUUCAUGAAACCUGUACAGUAUCAAAUAUGCAACAUACAUGUAUUAUAUCACUCAUUAUAUUGAAAGAUUCUGCAUGUAUAAAUAGGAAAAUGAAUAAUCAUAAUAAAUUAACAAUUUUAUGC